AUGGGGUCUGCUAAGGUGCAGUGUUCCCUCUGGAUUUUAUGGAAGAAGGCAGUGGAGGGCACAAGCGAGUUUAUCGAAGUUGAUAAGGUCUUCCACAGCAACAUGACAUCGGUCUUCCAGGGUACCGUCGUGGAUGAGGUGCUGGAUACGAUGUUUUCCCAGGUCAGGACGCAUGUAGAGAAUCCCGCGCUGCCCAAGAGUGGCUUUACAAUCAGUCGAAUUAUGCAUAUCGACGUGGACUUCCAUAAGCUACGGCUAACAAGGGGUUCAUCAUAUAUCAAAGCACCUAAGUGGAUACUCACCAAAAAGGCCAUCAUUAAUCCUAUGAAUGAAGACGAGGAGUGCUUCAAGUGGAGCAUCAUGUCUGCUCUGCAUCACGAGGAGAUAGGGACGAACCCUCAAAGAAUAAGCAAGCUAGAGCCCUACAUGGAACAGUACAGCUGGCAGGCCAUCGAGUUUCCAACAAGCAUCAAGGACAUUUCCAAAUUUGAGAAGAACAACCCUGACAUCGCGGUGAACGUCUUGUACCUGACGGGGAAGACUUUCAAUAUCCUGCGUCAAUCUACACACAACGGACGCGAGAAACAGGUUAAUCUGCUACUCCUCACGGACGAUAAAAAGAGUCAUUAUAUAGCCAUCAAAAAUCCCUCACGGCUCCUGGGUAGCGAGACAUCAAAGAAUCAUGCAAAGAUGCACUUCUGUAUGAACUGUCUGCAAGCCUUUCCAACAAUUGAAUCGAAAGACAAGCACUAUACCUACUGCAGGGAUAACGAAGUGGUCAAGAUCACGUUGCCAAGCGAAAAGGAAAAGUGGCUCUACUACAAGGAUGGUCAGCAGCAGUUCAAGGUACCCUUCGCCAUCUAUGCGGAUUUCGAAUCCCUGCUCGUUCCCAUGACGGAAGAUAAGAGGGAGACCAAGACGACAAAGCUGAACAAGCACGUGCCAUGUGGCUGGUGCACAUAUAGUACCUUCGCCUACGGGUCCGUGCCGGACCCACUGACAGUCUACAGGGGUGAUGACUGCGUGAAGAAGUUCGUCGACAACCUAGAGGAUGAGAUAAAGCGACUCUACGACACUUACAAUCAACAGGACAUGCUACCACUAACGGAGGUACUAAAGAGGGAGCACGACUCCGCCACGAAUUGUCACAUCUGCAUGAAACCAUUUGACAACGACGAAUAUAGCCGGUACGACGCACACUUGUUCAUCCGAGAACUGGGGGAGAAGUAUGACACUCAGGAUAUUGGUUGCAUCGCUGAAAACACCGAAAAAUACAUCUCCUUCAACGUUAAAAUCAGGGUGCCCAUUGCAGACACGGGGCACGAUGAUGGUGAUACGUACAAGACCAUAGAGAUCAGAUUCAUCGACAGCUGUCGCUUCAUGACAUCAAGCCUGGACAAAUUGGCAAGCAACCUCAUCGGUAAAAACACAGCAGGUAUGAAAUGUCAGCAGUGCGCAGAUACAUGUCUGGAAUUUCAGAGGAUCGACGCCAAGUAUGUGGCAAGCUUUUGGUGUAAAAAUUGCGACACAGGUACUACAAAGCAGCUAGGCAAGGAGCAGGUAAAGACAAACGUACCAUCCAUGGUCAAAUUCAUCGACAAAGAUGAUGUCUUCAGACUGAUGCUUCAAAAAAGCGUCUACCCCUAUGAGUACAUGGAUAGCUGGCAGCGAUUCAAGGAAACGGAACUACCUCCCAAGGAGGCUUUCUAUAGCAAACUGAACAUGAAGGGGAUUAGCGACAACAACUACAAGCAUGCUCAAAAAGUAUGGAAGUGCAUCACUCUAGAGGGUGCUGAGGUCAACAUGGGUGACUAUCACUAUUAUGUACCUCGUCGCAGACGUCUUGCUACUAACCGACAUCUUCCAGGGCUUUCGAGGAGUGUGUCAGGAGAACUACAAGCUCGAUCCCGCCCACUUCUACAGUGCACCUGGUCUCGCUUGGAAAGCAUAAUUGAAGUACACGGGGAUCAAGCUGGAGCUCCUUACGGAUUCCGACAAUGUCCUGAUGUUCGAGAAGGGUAUCAGAGGUGGUAUUACUCAAGCCGUGCACAGAUAUGCUAA